CUCGCUGCCUUCCUCGAAUAUUUCCUUCCUUUCUUAUGCGCUAAAAAGCCCUUUUUCUUUCUCGAAUUUUUGAUUCGGGAUCGAAAUUUUGUUCGCAAUAUUCUAAUUGCGAGCGAACCCCUCCUUUCCUCCUCUGGCGCGGUGCGCUCCUCUUGCUGUGACGUCCUCCGUCUUCGUUACAGCGAUGGAGACCGCCGCCUCCGCCGGCACCGACUCCUCCGCCGCCGAUUCACGCCUUGGCUUCGGAAAGAAGGAGUUUGGAUGUAGGCACUAUAGGCGGAGGUGCAAGAUCCGAGCUCCGUGUUGCAAUGAGAUCUUCUCUUGCCGCCUCUGCCAUAAUGAGUCCGACAGCGUUCUGCAUGAGCUUUGCCGCCAGGAUGUUCAGCGGGUGAUCUGUUUGGUCUGUGACACUGAGCAGCCGGUUGCACAGGUAUGUUCAAAUUGCGGGGUUAAUAUGGGAGAGUAUUUCUGCGAUGUGUGCAAAUUCUAUGAUGAUGAUGUUGAUAAGGGGCAAUUUCAUUGCAAUGAUUGUGGCAUGUGCAGAGUUGGUGGCAAAGAGAAUUUUUACCACUGCCAGAAGUGUGGAUCCUGCUACUCAGUUGUGUUGCGUGAUAAGCAUCGAUGUGUGGAGAACUCAAUGAGGAGCCAUUGCCCUAUAUGUUAUGAGUAUCUUUUUGACUCAUUGAAAGAAACUAGAGUUCUGAACUGUGGGCACACCAUACAUAGAGAAUGUUUUGAAGAGAUGCUGGAACAUGCCCAGUACUCAUGUCCAAUAUGUUCCAAGUCAGUAUGUGAUAUGUCAAAAUAUUGGAAGAAAUUGGAUGAAGAGAUAGCAGCAACAAUCAUGCCCGAAGAUUAUCGUUACAAGGUCUGGAUCCUCUGUAACGACUGCAACGAAGCUUCGGAGGUGUUCUUUCACAUUAUUGGCCGUAAAUGUAGUCACUGCGGUUCCUACAACACCAGGUCAACUUCUCCUCCAGCUAUGCCUCCUCAAUUGAACUCCUCCUGAAGUGCCUCCUAAAUGGAUUCUUUCUCCCCCCGGGCAAGGUUUACAGAAAGAUUUGGGCUAGCUGAACACCUUAACAAGCAAUUCCCUUCCUGUAAGGAGGGUCCUAAUUGUGUUGUUUGGUUUGGUUUCCAUACCAUUGCUGAAUUCUUCAACUUUACAUUAUUCGGGUAGUGUGCUGAAUUGUUGUCUCUAAAUGUAGUUGCCAGGGCAGCCCACCUUUCUGUAAGGAGGGUCCUAAUUUGACCUUUAUAAUAUCAAGUAUAAACUGUUGAUGUAACUUCAUUUUUUUUUCCUUGCAUACAAUAUGGUGGCACGGUUAUACGAUGGUUA